AGAACCAUCGCUCUCCUCUGCUUGAAGGAAACCUAGUUUAGCAUGGCAAAGGAAAAAGACUUGAUGAGAGUUGAAUUGAAGGUCUCUGUUAACUGCUGCGAGGGAUGCAGGAGGAAAGUGUUGAAGGCCUUGAGCAUCAAAGGUGUAUUGAGAACAGAAAUCCACCCGACUCUGCCCAAAGUCACAGUCGUCGGCAACGUCGAUGUCCGAAUCCUCAUCAAGAAGCUGUCGAAGGUGGGGAAGAGCGCGGAGGUAUUGCCUGACAAGACGCAGAAACCACAAGGAGAGGAGAAGCGCUCGGAAGAAUCCGGGAAGAAAUCAGAGAAGUCAAACACGGAGGAAGACAAAGGAGGCCGUGGCUCUGAGAAACCAAAACCCGAGGAGGAGAAGAGCAAGAGCAGCACAAAUGGCAGCGACAGCAACAAAGCUCAGGGGAGCGAGAAGGAGGCCGGUGACGAUGCCAAAACGACCGCUGCUCCCGAGGCAGCAAAGAGCUUGAAUCCGACCACCGUGACAACAUUUCCGCCGGUGAGCUUCAUGAUGAACCCGAGAGUGGCGCAAGCGCCAGUUUACUACUACCCCAUGGAGCCUGUCGCAGUGCCCAUGCCGUACUACGCCAUGACUGCCUGCCCUGCUCCAGCGCCUUACCGCCCUCCUCCGGCGCCGUUGCAGUCACAGGCGACCGCAUUCGGCGACUACUUCAACGAAGACAACACCGUCGGUUGUCGGAUCAUGUGAGAAGCUUCCCGCUCCCACACGCAACUCCGAGCUGUGGCCAUGGAUUUAGAUUCACAGGGAACAGCAGGGGCGGAAGGAGUGCUUCUCUUCUGAGAUCGUCACUAUCAUUCGCGACUGUUGUCGAGAUGUAAGGGAUUGUAGCAAUAAUUGAGAGUGUUUUUGACGAGAGAGUCAAAGAUCGAUAGGUUUUAUGGCUGAAGUCAACGGAAUAAAGAUUAGU